CCGUACGACAUAUCUUCGUCCUCUCUCUCUCUCUCUAGUCCAGUUUCAAACAUCGGACGGCGGCGAUUGAGGGUAGUAUUAUGCAGGCUGAUAAGACGGUGGUGAGCUUGAGACCUGGUGGUGGUGGCGGCGGCGGCAACCGAGUUAGCAGAGUCCUUGCUUCUUCUCUCUCUUCCGACCUUCCACUCCUUCGUCCCCAUGGCGCUGCCCCUCCUCCUUCUCGCUCUCUCAAGACUAGAGAUUCCUGGUCUGAGGGUUGUGAGCGUGUUCGGUACACCCGAGACCAGCUGUUACAACUUCGAGAGAUUGGUUACAUCCCUCAGGAUAUAUUGAAAAUCAAACGAGAAGUUGAAGCUGAAUUUUUUGGUGAAGAUCAAAACUGGGUUCGUGGAGAAAGCAUUCUGCAAAAUCAAUCUCCGAUUAGUUAUUCUGAGCCAGACAGCCGUGAUUGGCGUGGUCGGUCGGCUCCAGUUCCUACAUCUGGAGAGGAGAGAUCCUGGGAAACUAUCCGAGAGAAUAGAGAGUUUCGUGGUCAGUUUAAUCACCAAGACCAACUGAAUUUGCAGUUUGCAAGGGCACAAAUCUCUUCUAACCAAGGGGCCAGAGCUGCUGCUGCUCUAAUUAAGGCUGAGGUUCCAUGGUCAGCUCAAAAGGGGACUUUGUCUGAGAAGGAUCGUGUCUUGAAGACAGUAAAAGGGAUACUGAAUAAGCUGACUCCAGAGAAAUUUGAUCUUCUCAAGGGUCAGCUAAUUGAUUCUGGGAUCACAACAGCUGAUAUUCUGAAGGGGGUUAUCUCCUUGAUUUUUGAUAAGGCAGUACUGGAACCAACAUUUUGUCCUAUGUAUGCACUGCUGUGUUCGGAUCUCAAUGAAAAGCUCCCACCUUUCCCAUCUGAUGAACCUGGUGAGAAAGAGAUCACGUUUAAGCGAGUCCUUUUGAAUAAUUGCCAAGAAGCAUUUGAAGGUGCGGACAACAUUAGGGAAGAAUUAACGCAGAUGACUGCUCCUGAGCAAGAGCUGGAACGUAGAGAUAAAGAUAAAAUAAUUAAGAUUCGGACUCUUGGAAAUAUCCGUCUAAUUGGGGAGCUUUUGAAGCAAAGGAUGGUGCCAGAAAAGAUUGUUCAUCACAUAGUUCAGGAGCUUUUGGGGCAUGAUACUAAGACCUGUCCUGAGGAGGAAAAUGUAGAGGCCAUAUGUCAAUUCUUCAACACUAUUGGUAAACAACUUGAUGAGAGCCCUAAGUCGCGGCGUAUCAAUGAUAUGUACUUCAGCCGGUUGAAAGAACUGUCGACCAAUCCCCAUCUGGCUCCACGACUUAGGUUCAUGGUUCGUGAUGUUAUUGAUCUUCGUGCAAAUAGUUGGAUUCCCAGGCGUGAAGAGGUUAAAGCCAAAACCAUUACUGAAAUCCAUUCGGAGGCAGAAAAGAACAUGGGGUUGCGUCCUGGUGCUACGGCAGGCAUGAGAAAUAGCCGCGGCAUUGCUUCCAGUGGACAGGGGAGUCUCAGCCCUGGCAACCAUCCUGGCUUUGGGGGUAUGAUGCCUGGAAUGGCCGGAACCAGGAAGAUGCCUGGCAUGCUCGGAACUAAUAAUGACGACAAUUGGGAGGUUCCUAGGUCCCACUUAAUGCCAAGGGGUGUCCAACCGCCCUUGAUUGGGAAGCCUCCAUCAUUGAACUCCAAAUUUCUGCCUCAGCCCAGUGGCAGCAUAGUAGGUGGCAGCACUAGUGCUCUAUUGCAAGGCAGUGGCGGUGCUCCUGCCCCUGCUACUGCUCGACCUGCCCUGACAGCAGCUGGGCCCCCCGCCCCUACGCAACCUAUGCCUCCUGCAACUACUUCUCCAGCUCCUGAGAAAACGAUGGCUAAUCCUGAAGAUCUUCGGAGGAAAACAGUUUCCCUUUUGGAGGAAUACUUCAGUGUCUUGAUGUUGAAUGAGGCAUUACAGUGUGUGGAGGAAUUGAACUCUCUGGCUUACCACCCUGAGGUUGUGAAAGAAGCCAUUGCCCUAGGGCUGGAGAAGAGCCCACCCCGUGUGGAACCAGUUGCGAAUCUCCUCCAGCACUUGUUUUCCAAACAGGUCCUUACUGGUCAGGACAUAGGGACUGGAUGCUUGCUCUAUGGAUCAAUGCUGGACGACAUAGUGAUUGAUUUGCCAAAGGCACCUGAUACUUUCGGCGAGAUUUUAGGGAAACUAGUUUUGGCUAGUGGGAUGGACUUUAAAGUGGUAAAGGAGGUGUUGAAGAAGCUGGAGGAUGACUUUUUCCGAAAAGCUAUAUUUGCUGCUGUUAAGAGGAUUGUUGCUUCUAGUCCUUCAGAGCAAAGGGUACUGAACACUCAUGCACCUGAUAUUGAGGCUUGUGAGAGCCUACUCUAGGACGAUUUCUGUAACCUCGUGUAUCGAACGUCCAGGGCCAAUGGCCGCAUCAGUGUGAUAGAGUUGGAGCUGGUCAAAGAAACAGGUGAAUUUUAUUGAGCUUUGUAUAUUAUUUCGAGGUCGCAGUUACGUAUUGACUGGAGCUAGAGAGCAAGAGAACAACGCCCUGAAUUUUGAGCUGAAGUGUGCCCAAUCAUGUGCCAUAUUUUGCUCGAGGUCAUUGGUCCUUUUAGGACCGCGAUUUUGUAUUCGUAGGUUCUUCUUCAUUUUUGUUUGUUAUCUAGGUUUGUUGACCACAAGGAAUUUAAUUUUUUCGUUUAGCCCGGCUGUUCCUAAAUGACGAUGGAGGAUGCUCUAUUCGUAGAUGACAAUACUCUCCCAUGUCGGAACCUUUCGUAUGAGAAUUCAAUCUUGUAUUAUUGUCA